AUGAGCCACGAUGAAGCCGCAAAGCCCCCUACUGCACAGAAGGAGCAGCUCCGCUACGUGCGGUACGACAGCGCCCGCGAGAACGAGUACGUCGCGGCGAUGCGACAGCUGAUCUCCAAGGACCUGUCCGAGCCGUACAGCAUCUACGUCUACCGCUACUUCCUGUACCAAUGGGGCGAUCUGUGCUUCAUGGCCAUGGACCAGCACGACAACCUGGUUGGGGUCGUCGUGUCCAAGCUCGAGCCUCACCGGGGCGGGCCACUGAGAGGCUACAUCGCGAUGCUGGCGGUGCGCGAGGAGUAUCGAGGUAGAGGCAUCGCCACGAGGCUGGUCCGGAUGGCGAUCGAUGCGAUGAUUGACAGGAAUGCUGAUGAGAUCGCUCUUGAGACAGAGGUCACCAAUACCGCCGCCAUGAAGCUGUACGAACGUCUGGGCUUCCUCCGCAGCAAGCGCCUCCACCGAUACUACCUGAAUGGCAACUCCGCCUACCGUCUCGUCCUAUAUCUGAAAGAAGGAGUAGGCUCGAUGCCUACCUCGUUCGAUUCUCACCCUCCUCCCGACACUGGGGCUACAUCUGCGUCUGGCUAUAAUGCGGAUACCGCGACUGCUACACAGCCGGUCCUGCAGCAGGAGAAUGGCAAGCAGCCGCAGUAG